AACGUAUUACUGGGGGUGGGGGUGGGGGUGGGGGAGAAAUGAAAGGCGCGUCCUGUGCUUGCUGCUCCGAGAACGCGGCUGGACGGGCCCCGGUCCCUAGGAGCUCUCCUGCCCCGCACUGAUGCCAUCACCUGGGGACGUGCCCCCGGGCCCUCCCUCCCGGCCUGCUGCUCCGUGCGCCUGGCUCUCUGAGGCGUGUCUACUCCUUAAGGGGCUCCAGCCAGCUGUGGAAACUCGGCACGGGUGUGCGAAGGUGUUCGUGUAACAGUUGCACCUUCUUGUAAGAAGUGGUUCUGUGUAUUUCAGAGCAGAGUGAGGGAGAGCGGGAGAGGCAGCGAGCGAGUGCACGCUUCCGUUGCUGGCUUACCCCGAAAUAGAUGCGACGGCCGGAGCCGUGCCAGGCUGAAGCCAGGAGCUCAGAGCUCCAUCCGGGUCUCCCACAGGCCGGCAGGGACCUGAGCACUGGGCCGUCGUCUGCUGCCUUCCUAGCAGGGACGCGGGUGGGAACUAGGGCUGGGACGGAACCAGCACUUGUUAGGGUGCUGGUGUCAGACGCAGUGGCUUAGCUGCGCCACAGUGCCCGUCCCCGCCGUUGCGUCUCCUGACAGAGGCCAGUGCAAGUGCGGGGCUGAGGGCCGCGCUGUGCGGGGGAGGCCGUGUCCUGUACUGAGGCUGCGUUGGGCACAAGUCCAGACGUCAGUGUCCACUUCUCUGGUGUUGCCUUUUCUCCUCCCCACUGCUGAAAGUCAUCAGAUGUUUUGUUUGAGGUGUUUGUGUUUGUGAUUUGUUAUUAGCAUGCUUUUCUCUUCCACAUUCCAACCAAAACAGACUAAUUGUUUUGACCCUUGUGUGUAUGUGUGUGUAAGAUUUAUUUAUUUAUUUAAAGGCAGAGUGAUGGGGAGGGGAGAGAAAGAUCUUCCAACCACUGGUUGACUCCCCAAAGGCCUACGACAGCCGGUGCUGGGCCAGGCCCAAGCCAGCAACUCCAUCCGGCUCUCCUCUGUCAGUGGCAGGGGCGCGAGCACUUAGGCCACCUUCUGCUGCCUUCCCAGGUGCGUUAGCUGGGAGCUGGGUCCACUGGCCCGACGCGGGUGCCAGCAUUCAGGCGGCAGCGGCACCUGCAUCUGCCACGCACGCGGGGGCCCCUCGACCCCGUGAACUCCUAAUCAUUAGCCUCAGAGAAAUAAACAUGGUCACGAGCGUGCGUGACAGAUGCGUGGCCUGUGACGUGUGGAGAGCCACGGGCAGCCAGCCGUCCGUGUCUCAGCGGGACGCAGUGAACCUGGCUGCCCGCUGCCCGUCGUCAGCUCGGGAGCAGAUUCCGUUGCUACUUCUCUUCUUUGCUUUCUCUUCAAACUGGGAGUAUAGAGAGCUCCCCGUGGCACUGGCCUGUUAGGAUGGAGGCCAGAGAAAGGUCUUGAGUGGACCUCUCUUUGCAGAGGUGGUGUUCUGCACCCGUGUUGGUCGCUCACUCGGGGUGGUGGUGUGCUUAGUGGUUCCUCGCUGGCCACGGCUACCACCCAGGGCCACGGCUCCCUAAGGCGUCUCUGCGGUGGGCUGGGUUCGCAACACUGUGUGACUGUUCCCCAGUCUGAUUGAAACCUUACCCCAUUCACAGUCGCUCGCCUGUUCUUUGCUGUGGUCAGCCCCAGGCCCCCCGACGCACCAGCGGACCCGGCUCUGGAUUCCUGUGACGUCAGGCAGUGGCUCAGGCUCCCUCCUGCUCUGUGUAGCGUGCGCCAGGCCCUGCUGUGCACCCACGUAGCAGUGGCUGGGGUCUGGGUGCUGUCUGAUGCUGCCCUGAGGACCUAGGUCCUGGCUUUCACGUGGCCCUGUGUACUCGGGGCAGAAUCCGGGGUCAUGUGGCCCUGUGUACUCGGGUCUCGGGGCAGAAACCGGGAUCACAUGUCCCUGUGUACUCGGGUCUCGGGGCAGAAUCUGGGGUCACAUGUCCCUGUGUACUCGGGUCUCGGGGCAGAAUCUGGGGUCACGUGGCCCUGUGUACUCGGGGCAGAAUCUGGGGUCACGUGGCCCUGUGUACUCGGGUCUCGGGGCAGAAACCGGGGUCACAUGUCCCUGUGUACUCGGGUCUUGGGGCAGAAUCUGGGGUCACGUGGCCCUGUGUACUCAGGUCUCGGGGCAGAAUCCGGGGUCACGUGGCCCUGUGUACUCAGGUCUCGGGGUAGAAUCUGGGGUCACAUGGCCCUGUGUACUCAGGUCUCAGGGGAGAAUCCGGGGUCACGUGGCCCUGUGUACUCGGGUCUCGGGGCAGAAUCUGGGGUCACGUGGCCCUGUGUACUCGGGUCUCGGGGCAGAAUCUGGGGUCCCGUGGCGGCGCUGGGCUUCACGUCCGAGAAGCUGCCGGCACGUUUUCAGAGAGGCCGCACGUUCCUGGUUCUGCCUCGUGUUCCCGUUGGCCCCUGCGGCCAGGAGCCCCCCUGUGCGGGAGCCUGUGCGUCCUCUUUGGAGAGAUGGGUAUUUAUGCAGCGCUCAUUUGUGUUUCUGCCAUUGAGUUGUGCGCUCUGUGUGUCUCGCCCACCCCUCCUUACCGGGCGCGCAGAUUAUCCGCGCCCUUCCCCGUCCCGAGAGUGACCUUCUCCACGCCCUUCCCCGUCCCGAGAGUGACCUUCUCCACGCCCUUCCCCCUCCCGAGAGUGGCCUUCUCCGCGCCCUUCCCCGUCCCGAGAGUGGCCUUCUCCGUGCCCUUCCCCGUCCCGAGAGUGGCCUUCUCCACGCCCUUCCCCCUCCCGAGAGUGGCCUUCUCCACGCCCUUCCCCGUCCCGAGAGUGACCUUCUCCACGCCCUUCCCCCUCCCGAGAGUGGCCUUCUCCGUGCCCUUCCCCGUCCCGAGAGUGGCCUUCUCCGUGCCCUUCCCCGUCCCGAGAGUGGCCUUCUCCACGCCCUUCCCCCUCCCGAGAGUGGCCUUCACGCCCUUCCCCGUCCCGAGAGUGACCUUCUCCACGCCCUUCCCCCUCCCGAGAGUGGCCUUCUCCGCGCCCUUCCCCGUCCCGAGAGUGGCCUUCUCCGCGCCCUUCCCCGUCCCGAGAGUGGCCUUCUCCGCGCCCUUCCCCCUCCCGAGAGUGGCCUUCUCCACGCCCUUCCCCCUCCCGAGAGUGGCCUUCUCCACGCCCUUCCCCGUCCCGAGAGUGACCUUCUCCACGCCCUUCCCCCUCCCGAGAGUGGCCUUCUCCGCGCCCUUCCCCGUCCCGAGAGUGGCCUUCUCCGCGCCCUUCCCCCUCCCGAGAGUGGCCUUCUCCACGCCCUUCCCCCUCCCGAGAGUGACCUUCUCCACGCCCUUCCCCCUCCCGAGAGUGGCCUUCUCCGUGCCCUUCCCCGUCCCGAGAGUGGCCUUCUCCGCGCCCUUCCCCGUCCCGAGAGUGGCCUUCUCCACGCCCUUCCCCCUCCCGAGAGUGGCCUUCUCUGCACCCUUCCCCGUCCCGAGAGUGACCUUCUCUGCGCCCUUCCCCCUCCCGGGAGUGGCCUUCUCCACGCCCUUCCCCCUCCCGAGAGUGACCUUCUCCACGCCCUUCCCCGUCCCGAGAGUGGCCUUCUCCGUGCCCUUCCCCGUCCCGAGAGUGGCCUUCUCCACGCCCUUCCCCCUCCCGAGAGUGGCCUUCUCCACGCCCUUCCCCGUCCCGAGAGUGACCUUCUCCACGCCCUUCCCCCUCCCGAGAGUGGCCUUCUCCGUGCCCUUCCCCGUCCCGAGAGUGGCCUUCUCCGCGCCCUUCCCCGUCCCGAGAGUGACCUUCUCCACGCCCUUCCCCCUCCCGAGAGUGGCCUUCUCCGUGCCCUUCCCCGUCCCGAGAGUGGCCUUCUCCGCGCCCUUCCCCCUCCCGAGAGUGGCCUUCUCCACGCCCUUCCCCGUCCCGAGAGUGACCUUCUCCGCGCCCUUCCCCCUCCCGAGAGUGGCCUUCUCCGUGCCCUUCCCCGUCCCGAGUGUGGCCUUCUCCGUGCCCUUCCCCCUCCCGAGAGUGACCUUCUCCACGCCCUUCCCCCUCCCGAGAGUGGCCUUCUCCGUGCCCUUCCCCGUCCCGAGAGUGGCCUUCUCCGCGCCCUUCCCCCUCCCGAGAGUGGCCUUCUCCACGCCCUUCCCCGUCCCGAGAGUGACCUUCUCCGUGCCCUUCCCCCUCCCGAGAGUGGCCUUCUCCGUGCCCUUCCCCGUCCCGAGAGUGGCCUUCUCCGCGCCCUUCCCCCUCCCGAGAGUGGCCUUCUCCACGCCCUUCCCCCUCCCGAGAGUGGCCUUCUCCACGCCCUUCCCCCUCCCGAGAGUGGCCUUCUCCACGCCCUUCCCCCUCCCGAGAGUGGCCUUCUCCACGCCCUUCCCCCUCCCGAGAGUGGCCUUCUCCGUGCCCUUCCCCGUCCUGAGAGUGGCCUUCUCCACGCCCUUCCCCCUCCCGAGAGUGACCUUCUCCACGCCCUUCCCCCUCCCGAGAGUGGCCUUCUCCGUGCCCUUCCCCGUCCUGAGAGUGACCUUCUCCGUGCCCUUCCCCGUCCCGAGAGUGGCCUUCUCCACGCCCUUCCCCCUCCCGAGAGUGACCUUCUCCGCGCCCUUCCCCCUCCCGAGAGUGACCUUCUCCGCGCCCUUCCCCCUCCCGAGAGUGACCUUCUCCGCGCCCUUCCCCCUCCCGAGAGUGACCUUCUCCGUGCCCUUCCCCGUCCCGAGAGUGACCUUCUCCGCGCCCUUCCCCCUCCCGAGAGUGGCCUUCUCCGCGCCCUUCCCCCUCCCGAGAGUGACCUUCUCCACGCCCUUCCCCCUCCCGAGAGUGGCCUUCUCCACGCCCUUCCCCCUCCCGAGAGUGACCUUCUCCGCGCCCUUCCCCCUCCCGAGAGUGGCCUUCUCCGCGCCCUUCCCCCUCCCGAGAGUGACCUUCUCCACGCCCUUCCCCCUCCCGAGAGUGACCUUCUCCGCGCCCUUCCCCCUCCCGAGAGUGACCUUCUCCGCGCCCUUCCCCCUCCCGAGAGUGGCCUUCUCCGUGCCCUUCCCCGUCCCGAGAGUGACCUUCUCCGCGCCCUUCCCCCUCCCGAGAGUGGCCUUCUCCGUGCCCUUCCCCCUCCCGAGAGUGACCUUCUCCGUGCCCUUCCCCCUCCCGAGAGUGGCCUUCUCCGCGCCCUUCCCCCUCCCGAGAGUGGCCUUCUCCGCGCCCUUCCCCCUCCCGAGAGUGGCCUUCUCCACGCCCUUCCCCCUCCCGAGAGUGACCUUCUCCGCGCCCUUCCCCGUCCCGAGAGUGGCCGUGGCCUUCUCACUUCCUCGCUGCUGCCCCUGCAGCGCAGAGCUGUCCGUGUUGCUGAGCUCGGACGCGUCGCUGGACUUCGGAGUCCAGGUCUCGGAAAUCGCGCGUGACUCCAGCGGGGAGACCCCCUCCUGUGCUUGCUUCUGCGCGUUCACAGUCUCGCUCCUCCACCGAUGUCUGUGACUGCUUCGCUCUGGGUUCUGAGUGUGGUGCGUGGUCGGGGCCCACAGUCGCUCUCCACGUGCCUCCUCCGUGGCCACAGCGCUGUUUGCUGAAGGGACUGUCCCUCCCCCUCUGAUGGCCUUGGCACCCUCGUGGGACGUCCUGGGCCCUGCACUGGCCCGGAAUAUCUGAGCUCGCUUCUGAAGACCCUGCAGCCGUCUCUGGCCAUCUCCGCGCCCCGCGCCUCUGGCUCCCCUGUUCCACUCUUCCCCGCCGGGCUCGGAGCAUCCCCGUUCUUCCCCACACUGGGCCCCUUGGUCUGACAGCCACUGCUGCCUGCCCCGAUGGCUGCACGUGUCGGCCCGCCUUGGCCCUGUGGUCACAGCCCCUGUGGAGGUUGGUGGGCGUUUGCUGCAGCUCUGCGGGGGUUGAUUGGGAUCCGAGGCCUGCCUGGAGCCUGGGUGGCGCUGGGAGAACGCCGUGGCCUGGUCCGUCGGGCUGGCCACAGGGGCUGAGCACAGACGCCUUUUCAUCCUCAGGGCCCCCUUCGCGAUCUUACGGUUCCGACAGAACCGUCUCCUGAACCGAGUCGUGCUGCGGCUUGUGGGCGCCAGGGUACCCAGGGGGAGAAUGCGUAACUCCAGAAGCGAGACGCCGGCAUGCGGGGGUGGGCAGGGGCGUCGUGGGCCGUGAGGGAACCUCGCCGUGCCAGCUGCGCGGGGGCUGCAGGAGCACCUGGCAGAGGGCGUGGGAGUGGGCGUGGCUGGAACCGGGGAUCUGUUAAGGUCGCUACUUGUAACGGCAUUGUGGUUUGGUAAGCAAGUGUCUGUCUCUGAGUGGUGCGGUGAGGCAGCCGCUCCAGGAGUUCGCUCAGAAUAUUCCUCCCAUACAGAAACGUGGCCUGGCGGGAGCGCUGGGGGGAGCAGCAGUCGGUUCUCCCUGAAUCUGGGGGUGGCUGUGGGCGCUCACACGCGCUCCUUUCUGCUUGGGCGUGGGAGUAGCCUGGAUGUCCGAGGUGAGGUGCGGGGGCCUGCAGUGGGGCUCCCCGCCAGGACGGCUGGGCCGGCCCACGCGCCCUCCCGAGGUCAUGACCGAACUUCUCUCUCCCUGCC